AUGAGGACAAUCUGUUCCUCUCUAGAGCAGAAAUGGUUGCUAACCUUACAUCUGGACAAAAAUAGUGUUGGGUGUGUGGGUUGGGGCCAGUUAAGGUAGGAGCAGGUUUACCACUUGUGGGAGUUCCCAUGGGGGUAAAUCUGACUAUGCAAAUGGAGGUAUCAUUCAUAGUAGAGAUACCACGUAACCCUGACCCCUUGACGUUUUCUGCAUUAUACAACCACACAGGCCCAACGUCUUUUGCUAGGCCAGGUAAUAUUUUACUCCAACCCAUUUCAGUAGCAGGAGUGAUUACAGCUCCUUGGUGUAUUAGAGGAGAAGGAGAUCAUCAUUUGGGUGAACAAGAAUGUAAUUGUACAAUGUAUUAUAACGGAUCCAAUAUCUGUAAUUAACCUUUAACAAUGCCGACACUGGGGAACCUGGUAAUGUUACUUAUGGUAUUUCAGUCUAUAAUGUAAUUAUCCCUUUGAGAGGAGCCCCAAAUGGCACCUAUUGGUUGUGUGGCAAGAUGGCUUACCAAGCCUUCCCCUGAACUGGAGAGGUACUUGUACUGUUGGGUUUGUGGUGACAGCUAUGAGAACCGUUCCAAACAAUGACAAGAAUCUGAAGGCUCUGUUUACAGACUACAGACCUCCUGGAAUGAGGAGAGAUAAGAGGUCUCUGGCUGACAUCACUCUCACUCAGGCACCUGUCUCCAGGUUCUUU